CACGUCUUUCCCCGAAGGCCACUCCAGUCUCCAACUUCCUUCUUUACGUCUUUUUCUGAGGUUCAGUGCCUUUCCCUUCUGCUCUCUCCGCUUCCAAUCUUGCUCUCCACGCAUUUCUCUUCUCCAAGUAUUUUUCUUGGUCUUUCUUUUUUAGUCUCAUUUGUAUAUAAACACAAAGCCAGAAGCCUUCAAACACUUGAAACCAAUCAAAACUUGUAUCCAAACACACAAAACCCAAGUUUUUUCUUCAGCCAAAGCUCCAAAAAAGAUGGAACUUUUUGCUUCACAAUCAUCUUUACUUAUGAGUUCAGCUACUAGUUUUGAUUUUCUACUAAAACCCAUUUUUCUUCAUGGGUUUUCUGCUUCAUUACACUUAAUUCUGUUGCUUUUAUUGUUAAUCUUGUGGAUGGUGAGCAGGAUUAAAAAAGUUAGUAGGGAAGGUUCAAAGGAACGACAGAUUUUAUGGUAUAAGCAAACAUUAGCUUGUUGUUUUGUUGUUUCAGUUUCCAAUGUUGUCUUGUGUUUGUUAAGUUAUUUUUAUUGGUAUACAAAUGGUUGGUCUGAGGAUAAGUUGGUGAGUCUUAUUGAUUAUGCAUUGAAAGCACUUGCUUGGGGUGCAUGUGCAACAUGUGUUUGCUUGCAAUGUCAAUUCUCCAAUCCUGGUGAACAAAAGAGGUUCCCUGUUGUGUUGAGAAUUUGGUGGGGUUUUUACUUUUCAAUUUCAUGUUAUUGUCUUGUUAUAGACAUUGUUCUCUUCAAAAAACAUGUUUCUUUCCCAACCCAGUAUUUAGUAUCUGAUGUCUUGUCUGUUGUUACUGGUUUGUUUCUAUGUAUUGUUGGGUUCUUUGUAAGAAAUGAGGGUGAAGAUACCCUCCUUGAGGAACCCCUUCUAAAUGGAGAUUCUAGUGUUAGUAAUGGUGUAGAGUUGAGUAAGGAAAAAGGGGGUGAUACUGUAACCCCAUAUUCAAAUGCUGGUAUUUUCAGCAUUCUUACAUUUUCUUGGAUGGGGCCUCUCAUUGCUGCUGGCAAUAAGAAACCAUUAGACCUUGAGGAUGUUCCUCAGCUAGAUAGCCAUGAUAGUGUUAUUGGGGCUUUUCCAAAAUUUAAAAACAGGCUUGAAUCAGCUGAUAGUGAGGGGAAUGGUGUUACCUCACUUAAGCUGGUGAAGGUACUGUUCUUUUCAGCUUGGAAAGAUAUUCUUUGGACAGCUUUGUUUGCAUUUACGUACACGGUGGCUUCAUAUGUUGGCCCAUUCCUCAUCGACACUUUCGUUCAGUAUCUGAAUGGGCAAAGGGAAUUUAAGGCUGAGGGCUAUCUUCUAGUUGCUGCUUUCUUUGUUGCCAAGCUAGUGGAGUGCUUGUCUCAGAGGCGCUGGUUCUUUAAGUUGCAACAAGUUGGACUUAGGCAGAGGGCUGUAUUGGUAGCAGUGAUAUAUAACAAGGGGUUAACCCUUUCGUGCCAGUCGAAGCGCAGCCAUACCAGUGGGGAGAUCAUCAAUUUCAUGACUGUUGAUGCAGAAAGGGUGGGUGACUUUAGUUGGUACAUGCAUGAUCCAUGGAUGGUAGUUUUGCAAGUUGCUUUGGCCUUGUUGAUCUUGUAUAAGACCCUAGGGCUUGCAUCCAUUGCCGCUUUCGUUGCUACUGUACUUGUUAUGUUGGCGAAUAUUCCUUUGGGGAAAAUGCUGGAGAAGUUUCAGGAUAAGUUAAUGGAAUCAAAAGAUACAAGGAUGAAGGCAACAUCUGAAAUUUUGAGGAAUAUGAGGAUUCUUAAACUGCAGGGGUGGGAAAUGAAGUUCCUCUCCAGGAUUGUCGGGCUCAGGAGCGUCGAGGAAGGAUGGUUAAAACGAUUCGUUUAUACAAAUGCCAUGACUGCUUUCGUUUUCUGGGUUGCACCAUCCUUUGUGUCUGUUGCCACUUUUGGUGCUUGUAUGUUCUUAGGAGUCCCACUUGAGUCAGGGAAGAUCCUAUCUGCACUCGCAACAUUCAGGAUUCUUCAGGAGCCAAUCUACAACCUUCCUGACACAAUCUCAAUGAUGGUUCAAACAAAGGUGUCACUUGAUCGAAUUGCUGCCUUCCUCCGGCUUGAUGACUUGCAGCCUGAUGCUAUAGAGAAGCUACCCAGUGGUAGUUCCAAUACAGCGAUCGAGAUUGCUGAUGGGAACUUCUCUUGGGAUACGUCAUCCCCUACUGCAACACUAAAAGAUAUAAACUUGAAAGUUUCCCAUGGCAUGAGUGUUGCUGUUUGCGGUACGGUCGGCUCUGGCAAGUCAAGUUUACUUUCCUGUCUUUUGGGAGAGUUACCAAAGAUAUCAGGAACGCUUAAGUUGUGUGGUACAACAGCCUAUGUUGCCCAGUCACCUUGGAUACAAAGUGGCAAGAUUGUAGACAACAUAUUGUUCGGUAAGGAAAUGGACAGAGACAAGUAUGACAAAGUGCUUGAAGCUUGUACCCUCAAGAAGGAUCUUGAAAUUCUCUCUUUCGGUGAUCAGACGGUUAUAGGCGAGAGGGGAAUCAAUCUGAGUGGUGGACAAAAGCAAAGAAUACAGAUUGCUCGUGCUUUAUACCAAGAUGCCGAUAUCUAUCUGUUUGAUGAUCCUUUCAGCGCAGUGGAUGCUCAUACCGGAUCUCAUUUAUUUAAGGAGGUUUUACUAAACAAUUUGAGAUCAAAAACAGUGAUUUAUGUCACUCAUCAAGUUGAGUUUUUACCAGCUGCUGAUUUAAUUUUGGUGAUGAAAGAUGGGAGGAUUGUUCAAGCUGGAAAGUAUAAUGAUAUUCUCAAUUCAGGUACUGAUUUUAUGGAACUUGUGGGUGCACAUAAGAAAGCUUUGUCGGCCCUUGAUACUGUUGAAGCAAGUUCGGUUUCUGAACAAACUACCAGCGAAGGAGAAAGUGAUAUAGGUACUAGUAAUGGGAAAGUGCAGAAACAAGAAAACCAAGAUAAGCAGAGCUUUAAAGUAGAUGAUGUCGGACCAAAAGGACAGCUUGUUCAAGAAGAAGAACGAGAGAAAGGACAAGUCGGGCUUUCGGUCUACUGGAAGUACAUCACAACAGCAUAUGGAGGAGCUCUUGUGCCUUUAAUACUGCUUGCUCAGAUUCUCUUUCAGAUUUUUCAAAUAGGCAGCAACUAUUGGAUGGCUUGGGGAUCACCGGUGUCGGCAGACAUAAAGCCUCCUGUUGGGAGCUUGACACUAAUCAUGGUCUAUUUGGCUUUGGCCAUUGCAAGUGCCAUUUGUGUCUUUGCCAGAUCCAUUGUUGUUCGUAUAGCUGGAUAUAAAACAGCCACUCUUCUCUUUAAAAAGAUGCAUCUUUGCAUUUUCCGAGCUCCUAUGUCUUUCUUCGAUUCUACACCGAGUGGAAGAAUCCUCAACAGAGCUUCUACAGAUCAAAGUGCAGUAGAUAUGAACAUCCCGUAUCAAGUUGCCUCAUUUGCUUUCUCAGUUAUCCAGCUACUUGGAAUCAUUGCAGUCAUGUCUCAAGUUGCUUGGCAGAUCUUUGUCAUUUUUAUUCCAGUGAUUGCUACCUGCAUUUGGUAUCAGCAAUAUUACAUAUCUUCUGCACGAGAACUUUCGCGGCUGGUUGGAGUAUGCAAAGCUCCAGUAAUACAGAAUUUUGCUGAAACAAUUUUAGGAGCAACAACUAUAAGGAGCUUUGAUCAAGAGAAAAGGUUCCAAGACACAAACAUGGUGCUGACUGACUCGUAUUCUCGUCCAAAAUUCCAUGUUGCCGGUGCAAUGGAAUGGCUGUGCUUCCGCCUGGACUUACUGUCUUCUGUUACUUUUGCCUUCUCUUUAUUCUUUUUAAUCUCUAUACCGGAAGGAAUUAUCGAUCCUGCUAUUGCCGGGUUAGCUGUGACGUAUGGACUCAAUCUAAAUAUGUUGCAAGCUUGGGUGGUGUGGAAUCUUUGCAAUAUGGAGAAUAAAAUUAUAUCUGUUGAGAGAAUACUUCAGUACUGUAGUAUUCCUAGUGAGCCUGCCCUUGUGGUGGAAACGAAUCGCCCAGACCAUUGUUGGCCGUACCACGGAGAAGUUCAUAUUCGUGAUUUGCAGGUACGAUAUGCCCCGCACAUGCCACUCGUGUUGCGAGGUCUGACCUGCACAUUUCCUGGAGGGUUGAAAACCGGUAUCGUAGGGAGAACAGGCAGUGGUAAAUCAACUCUCAUACAAACACUUUUCCGGAUCGUUGAACCUGCAGCAGGGCAGAUCAUAAUCGAUGGUGUAAACAUCUCAUCGAUCGGGUUGCAUGAUUUGCGUUCACGACUCAGCAUCAUCCCUCAAGAGCCUACCAUGUUUGAAGGGACUAUACGAAGCAACCUGGACCCUCUUGAAGAAUACACAGAUGAACAGAUUUGGGAGGCAUUGGAUAAAUGCCAACUUGGGGAUGGAGUUCGAAACAAGGCCGGCCGGCUCGAUUCUUCAGUUAGUGAGAAUGGAGAGAAUUGGAGCAUGGGGCAAAGGCAGUUGGUGUGCCUUGGCCGUGUUCUAUUGAAGAAAAGUAAGAUCUUAGUGCUCGACGAAGCUACCGCAUCGGUGGAUACAGCCACCGAUAACCUAAUACAGACGACGUUAAGGGAGCACUUCUCUGAUUGUACGGUCAUAACAAUCGCUCACCGAAUAACUUCGGUUCUUGAUAGCGACAUGGUUCUGCUUCUAAGUCAUGGAGUAAUAGAAGAAUAUGAUAGUCCAUCAAGUUUGCUGGAAAACAAGUCUUCAUCAUUUGCACAGCUUGUAGCAGAGUACACUGUGAGAUCAAAUUCUGGCUUUUGAUAUAAACUGGAUUGAAUUAGACGAUGAUGAAAAUUUACUAGUGUUAAUAAUUAGUAAUGUUUUUAACUUGUAAUUGUGGAUGUUUUUCAUGUUUUGUGCCAUUUUCUUUGGCUCCCAACGAUUUUUCCCUUUUUUUGUGGUCCAAUUGUUAUGUUUUAUGUUGCUAAAA